AUGGCUUCCCAUAAGGUCGUCGUUAUCGGAGGCGGCGUCAUCGGGCUGACGACGGCAUACCUUCUGUCAAAGAACAAAAUGAAUGACAUAACUGUCGCGGCUAAACAUAUGCCGGGCGACUAUGAUGUAGAAUACUGUUCCCCAUGGGCCGGUGCCAACUUCUUGCCCGUCGGCGCGCCUGGGAGCGCUCAUGCGCGAUGGGAGACGAACACCUGGCCCGUGUUCGAAGAGCUCGCCCGGAAUAAUCCUGAAGCUGGUAUCCAUUUCCAAGGUAAUUUCCCCAAAUACGUAGGAUAUCGCGCAAUGCUAUCAGCUGAUAUUACGAAAGAUUCUAUUAUCUAUAACCGUCUGAAGGAUGCGAGCUCAGACACUGGUGUGUGGUUCAAGGAGCUUAUUAAACCGGAACCAUGGUAUAAGGAUAUCGUACCAGAUUUUCGCUCGCUCCCCAAAGAGCAGUUGCCUCACGGAUACGACAACGGGUCCUGCUUUACAUCGGUUUGUCUGAAUGCGCCUGUCUAUCUUGCCUGGCUUGUCUCCCAGUGCCGCAAGAACGGCGUGGUGUUUAAACGGGCAGUGUUCAAGCACAUCGUGGACGCGGCAAGCGCCCACCACUCGGGUCAGCGAGCUGAUGUUGUAGUGAACUGUACUGGGCUGGCAUCGAAGUACCUUGGUGGUGUGGAAGAUGCGAAGAUGUAUCCUGCUCGAGGGCAGGUUGUUGUUGUUCGCAAUGAAGCACCAGCAAUGGUCUCAGUCUCAGGGACUGACGAUGGCCCCGAUGAAGCUGGUUAUAUCAUGAUGAGGGCUGCUGGUGGCGGUACCAUUCUCGGUGGGUGCUACCAGCGACAUUGCUACGAAAGCCAGCCGGACCCCAACCUUGCAGUGAGAAUCAUGAAACGGGCAGUAGCAAUGUGUCCCGAUCUGGUUGGCAAGGACGCCAGUGGCAACCAGAGAGGCAUAGAAGCGAUUGACAUUAUUCGCCACGGAGUUGGCCUACGGCCCCUGCGAGAAGGGGGAACAAGAGUGGAGCGCGAUACCAUUAAUGGCGUGUCUGUUGUGCAUAAUUAUGGCCAUGGCGGAUUUGGGUACCAAGCGUCGUUUGGAUGCUGUGCAGAGGCGGCAGCGCUGGUUACUAAAGCACUGGCUGAGAAGAAGCAGAAAGCUAGGCUUUGA